GGUCCCUCGCCGGGUCGCCUCCGGGCCCCGGCUUUGUUGGAGAGGAUGCGCCGGGACCGCUGAGCGCUGGUGACUGGAGGUUGAAGAGGGGCAGAGAAAGCUCUCCCAGCCAGAGCUUGCUAAGGGACCAGUGGGGAAGCUAGCUGCCAACUGCCGGCGCGGGGACCCGAAGGGAGGAAGUUUGUCCCCGCGCUGGAGAUGAGGGGUCUGUGCAGCUGUUGUGACUGGGAGAUCGCCCCAGGGCGGCAGGGCGCUUGGCUGGGAAGCUGGGUGCAAAGCCGCGGGACUGCCUGGCUAGGGCGCUGCCCUCGGGCGAAAGGGCAGAGCAGAGCUCGGGCAACCUUCGCUGGCUCAGGGACACCGCAUCCGGAGCCGAGCCGGCUUGGCUCCAGCUUCCCGCUCGGAGCUGCGGCUCUGGUCUUGGUACUCCCUCAGCCUGCAGUUCCAGGGAGGUAGCAACUCCUGUCUCCUGCUCCAGCAAACCUUGUUCUUCACCAGUCAAGUGUACCUCAGUGCCUGGGCUGCAGAAGGCGCGGAGACAAAGCGCAGGCUGGGUAACUGUUUAACUUCUAGCCUGUGACCUGUGCGUCCUACUCUUUGGCUGAAACGGAAAGAGCUUUUGCUCAAACCUUUCCAAACCUUUCCAAACCUUUCUCUAGGAUCGGGCCCUGCUGAGUGCACCCGAGUAGUACCUGGCGGUGGAUGGGAGUUUCCUUUCUGCCUCACCAGGUCCAGUUAGUUAUUAGGGCUCCAGAGUCCCCAGCUCUGCAGAGAGAGGGCACCUCUAGCUCUGGGUCCGCAGCGGCGGGGCUUAGGACCCGGUGCAGUCAUUUGAAAAUGCUGUGCUCAGAAGAAAAUGAUUUAGUCCUUGUCCCUCUAAAAUUUCUCUUUCUGGAGGAUUAAACUAGCGGCCCAGCAAAGCAAAAAGAGCAUCGUACAGCGAGCACAGUGGCAAAGCUGGUAAACUGUAUUUGAGGUUCUUAAUGUGGAGAGAUCUCUGGUGACUUUAACUCAAUCUGUUGGUGCCAGAACGGAUAUUAUGCGGUGCCCAUAGCAACCUUACUUAGGGUGUAUCAAUACAUGCAUGAAACGAUUACUGUUAAUGGCUGCCCUGAAUUCCGUGCGAGGGCCACAGCAAAGGUAUUCUCGUGUGUACACUGUAAGAGAAUUUAGACCUCAGUGGCAGCCCAGAGUCUAGAACCAGUACUACUCACCAGGCAACAGUUGCAGCUUUUGCAGCCAGCGAAGGCCACUCCCACCCUCGGGUAGUUGAACUGCCAAAGACUGAUGAAGGCCUGGGUUUUAAUGUGAUGGGAGGGAAGGAACAGAAUUCCCCGAUUUACAUCUCCCGCAUCAUCCCUGGAGGGGUGGCUGAAAGACAUGGAGGCCUCAAAAGAGGGGACCAGCUGCUAUCAGUGAACGGAGUGAGUGUGGAAGGGGAGCACCAUGAGAAAGCUGUGGAACUUCUCAAGGCUGCUAAGGACAGUGUGAAGCUGGUGGUCAGAUACACCCCAAAAGUCCUGGAAGAGAUGGAGGCUCGUUUCGAGAAGCUGCGGACAGCUCGGCGUCGACAGCAGCAGCAGUUGCUCAUUCAGCAGCAGCAACAGCAGCAGCAACAACAACCACAACAAAACCACAUGUCAUAGGCGCUCGAAGGAAAGCUAGCAGGUCAAUCAUCCGCCAGUCACAAAUUUGGAACCCGUGCUCCGGAAUCCCAGCACACAGAAAAAGGGAAAGAAAACACCAGUAAUGACACCCGUCACAAAGCUGUGAACACAUGGUGUAUCCAUUCGUUACCAAGGCAAUUCAGUAUCUUCCUCCUCUGGGCACCAGCCCCCCAUUCAUUGCUUUUUUACCUACUCAGACCUUUUCCAUCCAUGUCAGUGGAAACUCGCAGUGUAUUGAGGGAGUGAAGUAUUCCAGUCUGCAGACUGAAACAGUGUAAGAAUAAAGUCCGUGACUUUUGAACAAAUCACCUGGGCUAGGAUUAAGUGAAUCUUUGGUCUAAGGCUCCUCCGGAGAUUAGCAAACCCUUCAUUAGGCUAUCGUUCAAACUGCAUCAGUUCAAGGUUGUGGCCACGUGAAAGGAACCUACACAUUGACCUCUGCCCUCACCCCUUCCACAGUCUAUGUUGCAGAGCUGUCUGAAUUGGAAUUUGAUUUAGCUACAACCUCCAUUCUUCUGAAAAUGCCGAGUUCUUAUCCUACUUAAUCUGUUCUGAACUUGGAAACAGUUGGCUUUUUAAUUUUUUUCAUUUCUACCAAUGUCCAAACACAUCAGCUGAAGGUUUUUUGUUUUUUGUUUUUUUUAUUUUAGGAUGUUUUAGGCAAACUUUUAAUUUAUUAGCAGUGAAGGUUGGAACUUGAUGCUAUCCUUUUUUAAAAGUCAGGUAUUGCCUGUAUUGAAUAUUAGUUCAGACAGAAUAUAAUGUGUAUUUGUUCCACAAAAUAUAUAAGACCGGAGUACACGUGUUAUAACUUGGCUCUUUGUUUAUCAAGGGUCACUACUCUGGUAAGCGACUCUCUUGGUUUUAUGAAUUCCUCCUCACUUGAUAUAUGUAACCUGCCCUCAAUACUUUCUUGUUAAAUUUUAUUUACUCAUUUCCAUUGAUGAACUUUGGAGAAGUCUAAGCCCAUUCUGCACACACUAAUGUGCUUUCAUAGAAAUCAAGUUGAUAUUUUAAAUCUUGGAGAUUUAUAAAACUGAAUUAUAAUAUGUGCACAUAGAUAUUCUCCAAAGGGAUAUAUCACACAAAGUUUAGAUGGGCAACCGUAAAUACCAAUUUUAUAUUUUUGACAGUCUAAGAUCAAAGGUACUGGCCCUCUUCCGUUGAGGUAUGUAGUACCCACUGAUACCAGUAUUGUAAAUGACAGACACUGCUUUCUCUGAGGGGAAGUCUGUUUCAUUUUUGCACAUUCCCAUUUGUAAAUAAACAGUCAGACUUUUUUAGCUAUCACAAAGAUCUAUUAGAACCUCCUGUACACACAAUAUUUUUUUUUAUUUAGGGUACAUCUAGACAUCUAAUUUGGUUUUCCAUAAUGCAAUGAAUAGACAUUUAAACACCAUAAGCACAAAAAUGUACACACACACACACAUACACACACACACACACACACACACAUACACACACCAAAAAAAACAAAAAACAAACAAACAAAAAAAACGAAAAACAAAAAAUGCAAGCAGAUGGAUGGAUCAUCAAAACAGAGUCCAAUAUUUUAAUAUGUCCAUUUUUUUUCAAAAGCAGAAAAUGGUUCCCACAAGAUACAAAGAAUUUGAUAUUUCAGAUAAUCCUCUAGCAUAGAAAUUUGUGAAGCUCAGCUCACAAGCCAUCCUCCUGAAACUAAACAAAACCAAUUAGAUGUACCCAGCAUGUUCUGUCUCACACCAUCGGGUGGUACUCUUGUCAAUAGCCAUUUCUUACUGCUUUAGAUAGUGCAUCGCCCGCCGGGUGACAAACAGCCAGAAAACCAAGAGCUACACCAAUUUAUUUCAACACUAUCUUAUUGUGGUAACAGAGUCCCAUCCUCAAAAACAUAUCAUUGGUUUUUUUUUUUCCUAGAGAGAGAUUGGGGGAGGGGUCAGCGAGGACCCAGAAUGUUAUAUAAAAUAGGUCAAUAAAAGGGACAAGCAUGACAAAAAAAAUUAAGUGCAGACUAUAUGAGUAUUAUUCAGUUUGAAAGAUAGUUCUCAUUUUUAUAAAAAAAAUUGUAAUAAACCUAUAUUUUAGUUAUCAUUCAACAAAGAUAUUAAAGCUAUUCAGGAGAUGCCACCAAACUCUCAUAAAAGGAAACCAUCUCACCCUUACAAUGAGAAAAUGGUCAUUUCAAUGAGUUUCAGUACAUUGUAUACAUUUGGAGUUUAAGAUGAAUAUAUUUUUCCCUUAGCUGUUAAGUGUUUAGUUAAUACCAAACUUAAUAUAUGAUUUCACAUCAGUACAAGUGUUGUCAGAAGCAACCAUGAAAUAAUCAGAUACUUCAUGCUGGUGUUUUUUAGAAGUCUUUGAAUUUUUUGCUUCAUUUGUACAACAUGUACUGCUGAUGAAUGUUUGCCAGGUUGUUUGUCAAAAUGAAGCAAUCCAUCAUACGCACAGAAGCCAAGGGAUAGGUUAUAUGUCUCCAUGGUCUUACAUACAAAUGGCUGGUUCUCUUUAGUGAAAUUUAGCUCAUUGAAAUGUAAGUAUUUCUCUAGAAUUUUAAUCAAAAGGGACACACACACACCCCUCCAAAGACUUACAGAAACCCCCAGCGCAUCUCUGACAUUUCCCUGAAGCAAGAUGGAAAGGGAAGAACAAAUUCAACCAUGAUUUUUACUGAACUUCUCUAUUCCCAAGAGUCACAUACAGAGUCUCCGACAUGUCUGAUGUCAUUCAUUUAAAGAAAAGACUGUGCUUCCAUGCAGUUCAACAUAGAUACGAUAAGUGGGGUGUUAAAAGUUAGGGAAAAGUGGUUGUAAUUUUUCAACAAGGACCCAAUGAAGUAAAUUUCAGUUUCUUCCUUUGAUCAAGGUAAUAGACAGUGCAAGCAGACUCUGUUCCUUGUCCCAGCUGUGAUUCUAAGGCAAGCACAAAAGGUAAAAGAAUUCCUGAGUCUUUUCACUGGAGCAUUUACAUUUCGAUUCUGUAGCCAUUCGCAACAGAACAUCUGCAGGAAGAUAAUGAGCUUAAAUUACAAUUGACUUUGGAAGAAUAACAGACUCUCCUGUUCCUCAAUCAUGUAAUCAAUAGGGAAUUCUCCAGCAAUGAGAGCCACAGCCAUCUUUCAAGACAAUGUUAAGAUCUAAAUAAAAAAAAAAAUUCUAGCAUUCAGGGCCUUGUUAAGAAGGAAGUUUUUCUCUAAAGAACUUGGCUAGAGACAAAUCACACCCAUUUACAAAUGCGGUUCUCAAACGUGACAUCAAGCCAAUCUUGUUUCCUUUUACAGGGCUGUACAUUCAGGAUUCCAAAGAUGGCACACCUCUUUCAACAUCUAGUACUAUUUGUGGGUGUGUGAAUAAGUCCCCAGGUUUCUCACCUUUCAGCUGGGUUUUGCUUGUAAGCACUUCUAACCCAGACUUAAGCUUCAAACAAGAUGGAGAUACAGAUACCGAGCAUUCUCUGGGGAUUCAGGGACCCCCUUGAGUAAGACUUUCCAUAGCAUCCUAUCCUUCCUCAGACCCCAGACUCCAUCAGACCAAGUCAUGUGACUGUGGUCCUGCAAAUGUGCUGGUGCACUCUGGGCACUCAAUGAGGAUUUGUUGAAUGGGUGAAUUAUUGAAGAGGAGGCUAAAUUAAUUAUUUUUGACUUCUGACUAACAUAUAUUAAUGGGCAUUAUAAUUUUGCAUGCCAUAGCCAAAGCCAGAAUUUCUUCCAAGAUACAUCCUGGAAUCAAAUUAAACAUCUCAAAGGUUCAAGGACCUUUAAGUCAGAAGCAAUGAUUGAGAAUUCAUAUAUAUAUAUGAAAUCUCUCUAGUUCUUUACAAAAAUACAUGGAUAAUUUGGCAUGGAGGCUUCAAAAGUAGAACUUUAUUUGUAAAGUUUACAGAACACAAUGCAUUAGGUUUUUUUUAAGCUGUGACAUCAUAUUAGAUUACCUUACAAUACAAAGGACCCACAAGUCAUUGAAAGCACCAUUUCUAAACGUCGGCUUUCAAAUGCCUCUUCUUUCAUCUUUGACUCCUAGAAUAUACCCGAGAUAAAAAUUACUCACACGACAUCUCCCUCCCGAACAUCUACAUGUAUUUAUUUAUUUAACAGAUAUGUCUGUUUUCCCGGUACGUGCUAGAUUCUAGAAAUGCAAUGGGAAACAAGUUAACUGCAAUCCCAUCCUAAGGUUUGCUAUGAGGGACUCUUAUUCUGGCUAACUAGUUUAUCAUCCCCUGGGUCCUCCUCAUACAUGCUAGAGUAACAACAGCAACAAGAGCUAGCCUUCCCUGCAUGGCAACCAGUCAAUACUUCCUGCAUAGAUUUAUGUGAGCUCGCCUUUCUGAACACAAACACUCAUACUUGCCCCAUAGUUUAGCCAUAAAGCAGAGUUACAACCCAGGGAGGUUGGCAAUUUUAAGGGUCUUAAAAUUUCAUCAGUCUCGACCAGAUUACAGCUUCAAAGCUCCUCCCUCCAAAACUGUGUUCACUGGGCUCCAUUCACACACAGGAAAACUGAAGCACUGAUGCAUGCCUUUGCCAAGGUUACCUGAUUAGCUGGUAGAGUUGGGGGUUUGAACCCACAAAGUCCAACACAGUGGUCCAUGUGCCUAAGCACUAUCUGUAGGCUUUGGGGGUGGGGGGACACUCCUACAUUAAAAUGAAUGAAUCAUUGUAUAUAGAAAUAUCUUGAGUUUGUAAGGUAGUAACUAAAAGAUAUUAGUACAUUAUAACUCAUUGUAGCCUACAAAUUACAUCAGAAACAAGAACAGGAUUAGAACUGCAUCUUAUGUGAUAGCAUACUCUCAUGAACUACAAUACAUCAAGCCAGGGACAGGCAUACAAGUUCAGAUCCAGAAAAUUUCUACUUGGGAAAAUGUUUCAAUGACUUCAGAAUUAUUCAUUGUCAGCCACUGUGUCUAUUUGGUGCUACAAAAAAAAAUGGAAAGAACAAAUACCCCUGAUUGAAGGGCUUAUAAAUACACAGUGUGGAGAUGAACCAAGGGCAUUUCAUAUUUAUAGAAAGGAUUGGCCAAUUGUACCGUUUCUCACCAUUGCAUGUACAUUGUCUCUCCAAUUGUUUUUGCAUUGUUUUUAUGAAAGAACUGCAAAAUUGUGCAGUGGUUCAACCUGACCAAAGUGGUAUUACGCUGCUGGGAAGUAAAUGUAUUAGAUACCAGA